AUCAUUGAUAAUCUCCUUCAUUUGUCGUUGCACCUAAAACAAAACAAGUCUUCGUGUUUCUCUCAGUCAGCAUUUUAAUUAAAAAACAUAGACACUCACUUAAAAAAUGCCAAGAUGCGUGUGUUUCGUGCAAACUUUCAACCUUGCGCCUACUCUCUCCGCACCAUGGCAAUGCAAACUGUUCACAAAGGGGAGACCACAGUGUAGGAAAUCAUACUACUGCAAGUGGGAGUAGGAAGUCAACUCAUUUUCAAGAAGAAGUAAAUAAAUCUGCCUCAUAGUGUAACAUGCUUGAACUGCAAACACAACAUCUAAUGACGGUGAAUUCAUGAAGAUCCUUUUAACUUUCACUUAAACUACCUGAAAAGACAAAGAACACAACUUGCAUGUUGUUUUUAGGCCACGCCACCCGUACUGAAACCAUAAUUAGAUGAAUUUACAUUAAAGAGUAUGUAUUGGACACGUAUUUUAUUUAUUGUAUGCAUAAGAAGAGGUACACGUGCAAUAAACAAAAACAAAACAAAGCUGACAUUUACGGUUUGAGCAAGCAAUAUCAAGUCAAAACAAAAACAAAUUAUGAUACUGAUGAGCAACAAGUGUGGCCGAGCUACGUAAUAAUGAAAUACAGUAGCAGAAAAAUAGACAAAUCAUUUGUUGACAAAAAAAUGAAACAUUUACUUUUGAUUGACAUCUGGUUUUAGGUCACCUCACACUAAUAACUCGUGGCAAAAAUGGUAUUUAGAAAAAUGAACGGGGGUCUACUCUUAACCAACUUCAAUAAAAUGUAAAAGAAAAAAAUACAAAAAAUGUUAUUUAUGCUUUAUUUUCAGUGUAAAGUAAGAAAAAGGCACAUAAGCAUAACUUGUACACAGAUCUAAGUUGAAUGCAUUGCAGAUAUAACUGUUAAAUCACAGUCUCCUAAUAUGAUGUCAUUUAAGUAACACAGAUUUAAAUAUUUAUUCAUCCUGUGACAUCUCAAGUUCUCAAUCUCAGUUCACACUAAAGUGACGUUAAUCCAACUUACCUGUCGGUACCAAGACAUUCUAAUUAUUGUUAUAUUAAUAAUAAUAAACUCAUGUAAUUUUAAGAGUUUUGUAUCCAUUAGUGAGAUGUGAUUGCACCGAGGUAAUUACAUAUGCUGCUCUCAGUCUUGUUGACAUUCGUCUACGUGUUGUUUAAGACAAAGCGCGACUUGAAACAAGACGCACUGUUUUGUCGCUGUGUUUAACACUCUGGCUGACCACAAAGAACAUUUCGCAGUGUGGCAUGCCACGUCUGACCAAGACUGUUAGUCAUCAUUGAAAAACAUGUCUCAGUAGAGCACUGUUUUGCAAAGUUCUAGAUAUCUGACGAUAAGAUUUCAAGAGUUCCACUUUCAACUAAGCCACUAUGUUUAAGAGAAGUUUUAAUUGAUGGCCUUUUUGUCAUAGUCGCAUAGAUGAAUUAAUUUUAGUUUUAUGUCAGUUUGAAUAACUACAGUACGACUAAUCCAGCUAACUCUUGUGAUGCUUUGAAAUUAAGUGCAGUGCCUCAGAAGACAAAGUAGAAUUUCAAAGUUUUCCUCACACAUAAAAUUUUGUGAGAAUCGGGUCCGGUUGAACGCUAGAUGUCCAUUGUUAUGCAUCAACUUUUGCCAAUUGCUUGCUCAUAGUGUGUUGUCUUAAUGUUGGGUUUUUUUCUGUAUUACUGUAGCUUUACAAUAUAAAGUUGCUGUUGUGACUUGGCGCUAUAUAAAUUAAAUUGAAUUUAAUCGAUGACCAUUCACUAGCUGUAAAUUCCCCAGACUAUUCCCUAUGCUACUCUUUUAUUGGUUCAAGUGGGCAUAACAAGUACGUUGUACCAGGAAACAAGUUGUCUUAAUUUCAUUACCAACCGAUAGACAAAUGCCAAUAUUUUUGUCAUCCAAGGUUUUGUGGUGUACUUGCAGUGUGAGAUCAAAUGGCCAUGCAGGUAAUAAAUGCAUGUGGGAACCAAAAAACAGGAACGUUAAUUUGAAACCACUGGCUGUAGUCUGACUAGUUUUCUAUUAGCUUUUAACCACUAUGCAGAAAGGAAGUGUUGAACAGGAUAUCUGUUGCGUGGAUAUCCUGGUUAAACUGAAAAACUUCUAGCCCAGCAGACUAAACUGACAGAAUAACUGUUUAAAGUGAGCUUGCAGGGGGAUAGUCAGUCUCAAACUGGGGCCUUCAUUUUUGUUAAACCACAUCAACACAUUUACCAUUUUUACAUGCAUUAGAUACAAAAACAAUAGAGUUGCACUGAGUAAUUUCUUCUGUUCUUCUUUAAUUUACUCAUAUUUGUAAUGAAUAAAAUGUAACAGCUUUUUUCUCCCUGACUGCCCGUUUAAUCAGAAUGACUAAACACAACUAACCAGUUGUAAAUCUUUGUAAUUUUUAGUUAUUAUUUUAAGAUUAUUGUUUUUGAUUGGAAUUGAAAACUGGUGAAUCAAUUAAUACGUAUGACCCUCCCGAUAAAGUAAAAAUGAGGUAGAUUUUCAUUUCUUGAGAGGAUUUUCCUAUUACUGGUUUAUUAUUUAGUCAUUAAUAAACAUUUUGGGUUUUUUUUACAACUCAAAUAAGCUAUUUGACAAAAAAGGGGGGAAAAUGAUGCACAGAAUCCGUUGUUGGACCUGCAACUGGAAAAAGAAGCUAAGAGCUAUGAAAUGUAAAUGAUACAUCCUUAUGCUUAUGUAACACCUUGAACAAUCUUGCACCUUUAUUUCCACUGCAUUUCUUUAAUGAUAAGGGCCUUGUUCCUUAUCUCCUCCACUAAUCUCUAUGAUGGGGGAGGAAAGGUUUUAUGAAUUCCUCAUUUCAACAACGCUGCUUUGUAAGACUCUUAGACGUAAAAACACAAACCAGCACACCACAGGUGGGUUAGGAGGGAUUCUCUGGUGGCAGCCAGAUGAGGAAAUUCUUUUGAAUUUUUAAUCUACCUGUGGACACUUUUUCCUUUCUGUGUGCGCAUUACAGAAGGUACUCCUGAUAAGAUGCUGAGGGUGAUGCACCUCUUAGACCAGUCGGAGCCCCCACCCACCUGUUCCCUUACGCUGACGAAGAGAGAAAACAGACGAGAGGGGUUUUCUCUUUCACUCUCACUUCCUCUCUUCUGGUUGCCGUAGAUUGUUGUAAAGAUUGUGUGUAUGGAGAGAACUUGCGCACUAACACUGACGGGGCAGAAAGACUGUGGUAGUAUGAACAUGGACAUACUGACUAACCUAUGAUACAAUCUGAAAUUCCAAAAUGUGUAAGUUGUUAAGUGGAGUAGAUGACCAUCAUUAAAUAUUCAGUGAUAUUUCCAUAAAAGGUUUCCUACAGCUAAAAUAUAACUGUGAUUAAAGACUAUGUUGUUUAUUAUUAUUAUUAUUAUGAUGAUGACAACCAAUCUAUUAUAAUAAAAAUCGAGCUCAUCGACUACAUGUCUUUGUCUUUUUAACACAAUUACCUCAGAAGCGGGUUUUAGUCAUUAUCUUUUAAAACUGCCCAAUGAUAAGUCCCAUUUCAGUGAAAGCAUAAAGGAGACUAUUUACAUUUGGCACUGACAUUCAGUUGAACUCACGGACAAUGAGAUAUAAUAUGGGAUAUAAUUCGGAUCGUCAAAAUUUCACGUCCAUCCGAUUCUCAUGAAAAACGGUGUCUCAGGAGUCAAAAAAGGAAAACUUUUUCUCUUGACCAAAUUAUUUAUAAAGUUAAAAAUAUGAAGAAUUCGUGAGGACAGUGCUACGAAAAUCCCCUAGAAUGGGUGCUUAAUUAUGCAAUAUUAAUAGAAUGUUGCAUGUUGGUUUCAUGCAGCCAACAUGGUGACAAUGUUACUUUAAUACCAAGUUUGUGACGGUGAUGGACAAAACAAUGUAGGCAAAAUGGCAACAGAGCAUGAAAUGAUACAGAGGCAAAGGUGUGUAAAACUUUUAUUUUUAAACUGCAUCCCAGUGAUGAUGAUUGACAUGUCUAACAUCAUGUCAACACAACACAAACACACCUAUACAAACAAUGCAAUCAACGAUAAUUCAAACAAAGUCAAGUAAAGCUGAGCACGGGCUUUGUCGAUCUUUUUGAAGUACAAAGUUAUACAGACCUAUGCAACUUCUACAAAUAAAAGUGAGAAAUAUGACUGCUGUUUUGUCUCACUGUGGUGAACCAAUGCAUCAGAUGACUGACAUAAUGUAUGUUUGACAUAAGCAAAACGUACAAAAAUUCCCAAUAUACAGAAGUGCUUUCGUGCGAGUGCGAGUUAAACUACAGACAAACCUGAAAGUGAAAGAAAAUAAAUAGUAAUUUUACCUCUUUAUUCGGCAUUCACAAACAUCUUGUGUAAGUUAACCAGAAUCGAGUGUUUAUUCGAUCACUUUUACAAGCUAUUCAGUUUUUACACAUGUGGCAAUAAAAAACUAAAUAUAAGUAAUAUGUGGCGUUGCUUAUCCUUGGAGCAUCUUCAUUUUUGAUUGCAAUUUCCUUCUGUGCGUAUUUUUAGUACAAAAAAUAUUAAUUUGAACUAACAAAAACACAAAAGAAAAGACAGGCAAUCCAAUAGCAAUUACCUAUACUCCUCAUAGCUGUCGUAAUAUAUAUAUAUAUAUAUAUGGAUAAAACUGAACUGUUGAUCUGUUGCUCAGCAAAAGUGGCAGCAACUAAGUUGAGUUAUUUGAAGAAAGAACAGACACAAUCUUUUCAACCAGUUUUGGAUCUGCCUUGAGAGCUACUGAUAAUAAUGAACACCUAGGAACGACCAGAUGCUUAACCGCCUCACCUACAAAAAUAGUUGAUCAUCAAAUAAUUACAAUGUAAUUACAACACAUGACAUAAUGACAACAUUUCUUUAUAAAACCUUUAUUUUUUUCCCGUGCACACCGUCAUUAAUCUAUUUCUGUGAGUGUGUAACAGCAUGUGUCAUCCUUUUGAAAUGACGUGACACUGUCAGUCCUGUCCAUAAUGACACAUGCAACUGUUUCAAGGCAUUUCAUAAGCAGACCCCCUUAAGCCGCUGUACGUUUCCUUGAUCUUGCAAGUGGACAAAGAAAUUUGUAAGAGACAAAAGAGUGAAAUAGCAGCAUAAAGAACUACUCAGCAAAUGUUACUCCAAUAUUAGCUUACUUUCUUAUGCACUAUGAAAACACAACAUAUAUAUAUCUAUAUGUAUUUUUUUUUACGUCCCUUUGGUAAAACAUUAACUCUUACAAAGGGUUUCCUGUUGUUGCAGAAGAUAUUUGUCCGUGUAGGUGGCCACAAUGCAGUGAAUGCAUUCAGGUUGUCAAUACCACACCUACAAAGAAUACCUAUGACACGGUACAAGCUGUGGCUCCACUGAUUCAAAGUGAAAAUGGGAAGUGUCGUCGUCGUUCCUCUAGUUUCCGGGUGAGUCGGGUGCACUCAAACGAGUUUACAUUCACACACACUAGCAUCUAUAGGCCCCACGCACGCGCGGCUUGACGCCAGUUUCGGAUCACGUAGUGGUGACUGCCAGUGGAAAAGAAAAUUUCAUUACUCACACACUAGUUUCUGCAGUUUUCCUCUCUUACUCUGUAAAAGCGGUUUUCCUGUGUCCUCAGGGAUAAGUAUAAAAAGGUAAGCGACACAAGUAUCUGCAUUUUCAGUAAAACUUGGGUAAAGCGUCUUUUGGUGAAUCGGUGCCUGCUGCUGACACUUAACAAUAUGAAGCUGAUCGUUUUUUGCCUUUUCACAGUCUACUGUUGCUCUUUGGUCAAAGCAUCACCUUUGGAGCGCAAAAAACUACAAGAAGUCCUUAGAGAGCUGAAAAUGCUCAAACGCGACCUUCCGAACACAGAACUAAUGAUGAAUACUCCACCAAAGGAUAUUGAGGACUGCUGUUGUCUGACAGCCUUAACUUGCUUUCGGGAGACUCUGCUUGAACAUUUUGGCAUAAGUGGAAAAUACCAGAAAAAACUUUACAAGAGUCUUAAUCAUACCCUUACUAUCAAUGGACUGAACUUUUGUAACACAGAAACUUCUACGAACAACUGCUCAACCUGCCACUCACAUCCUAAGGAAAAAGCAUCAGAGUUUUUCAACAGACUGGAGUCUCUGGUUCAAAGGGGUAUAAGCAGAAUCUGAGAUGAGCUGAAGAUCCAGUAGCAACUUUAGAGAAGACACUACUUUGUAAAGGGCCAAGCACGUCAAAGACUGCAUCUUACAGCCUGAUAAAUAUUUAACUUAUUUAUUAUUUAUUUAUAUUGAAAUGGUUAACUCACAGCUAUCAGGAAAGCUGCUCUGCUGCCACCUAGUGGACUUGGUACCCUCAGUCAGUGAGAGGGAAAAUUAAUUUAUUCAUUCAUUUUGUAGUUCUCAAAGAAUAGUUUAUAAUGACAUUUAUACUGUGUAUGAAUUUCCUUAGUACAUAAAUUAUUUUGUCAAACAACUGUACCAUCUGAAAAUAUCAAAUUAAUUACCAUACAUUAUUUGAUGUGCCUAGUUUAUAUGAAGGACAGAUUCUCUGCUUGUAGCAGGAACUGAAACACAAGUGUUCUAUUUUUUUUUUUUUUAAGCAAAUGGGCAUUUUUUUUUCAUUCUGGGAGUGGUCCAUUGUAUAGUUAACAUGUCGUAACUUUCUCUUGUCAACUUCAUAUAAAUGGCAGAUUGAUAUUAAUAAAGACAGUGUCUAACUGUGCUAUCAAACUAUAUUUAUUAUAUAGUUUGCAUGUUUAGAUAUUUAUUGUUCAAAUAUUUGAUACCAAGUACAAGUUUUUAGUAUUACCUUUUUAUAUGUAAUGGACUAUACUGAGAAAAAUAAAUAUAAAUGAAAUUCGCAGAAAGUGGAAGAGAAAUUGUGUUGAUGUUAUUCAUGUUUUUUGGUUGUUUUUUGUGCUCGUAUGACGGGGUGUGAAUGGGUUAAUGAGGCAUGUUGUUCAAAGCGCUUUGAGUGCUCAAGUAGAGUAGAAAAUCACAAAUAAAAGAACCAGUCCGUUUACUAUGUUUUGACCUGACAAGGUCCUGGAGGCUCUUCCUGAAAUGUAAAGAUACAUUUUCAAAGAGUUUAAGUUUAAUCCAAGUGUUGCAUUCAGAAGCUGUAAAACAACAAUAUGUGAGAGACAGCUGGAACACUAGGAGUGGCUAAAUCAAUAUAUCUCUGAAGAAAAGAAAAAAAAAGAAAAAAAAAAAGAAGAGAGAAUUGGUAAAAUGAAUAGGUUGUCCUGGAUGUCUAUGGAAGACAACAGUGAUGGAUGAUCACAAAAUCUUUCCAUGGUAAAGAACGACACCUUCUGGACAAGACUAUGUACAAGAGAGCAGAGGCUUGCACAGGCUUAUUCAAGGUUCAAACCAUACUAGUUUCAUAAAACUCUGAGCAAUACUCUAUGAGUGGAAGCAAAUCUUGUGAAAAUGAAAAAGUGCCCAUGACAACACAAGAACCAUGGCUCUGAGACCCAUUAAGUGAUCACUGAGCACCUUUGGCCAGAUGAGCUGAACAGAAAAAGCUAAAAAUAAAAAGGUUUGUAGACAUGACACUAAGAUCAGCAGGAAGAUAAAAGGGUAGCGCUCAUGAUCCAAAUUAUAUUACGUAACCUGUAAAGCACAAUGAAGGUAAUGUCAUGCGUAGGCAUGCAUAGCUUCUAGUGGCACAGUCUGACUAAUGUUUGCUGAAGAUACAGUUAGGGCCAUAUAUAUUUGGACACUGACAGAAGUUUUAUUUUUACCUGUUUACCGAAACAUAUUCCAAUUAUAGUUACAUAAUGGACAUGGACAUACUCUGUAAACUCUCAGCUUUCGUUUCAGGGUAUCCACAUUCAAAUGGAUGAAGGGUUUAGGAGUUCCAGAUCCUUAAUAUGUGCCAUCCCCUUUUUAAAAUGUCCAAAAAUAAAUGUAGAGUUGACGCAAAGGCUAUUUCAUGGGCAGGUGGGGGCAAUUCUUUCGUUAUGUCAUUAUUAAUUAAGCAGAUAUAAAGCCUGGAGUUGAUUUGAGGUGUGGUGCUUGUAUUUGGAAGAUUUUGCUGUAAACAGACAAAAUGUGGUCAAAGGAGCUCUCUGUGCAGGUGAAACAAGUCAUCCUUAAGCUGCGAAAACAGAAAAAACCCAUCCGAGAAAUUGCUACAAUACUGGGAGUGGCAAAAUCUACAGUUUGGCAAAUUCUGAGAAAUGGUAAAUGGUAAAUGGCCUGUAUUUAUAUAGCGCAAGAAAGCGAAAGAAAGCAAGCAUCGGUGAACUCACCAACGGAAAAAGACCUGAAAGUCUAUGGAAGACAACAGUGGUGGAUGAUCACAGAAUAUUUUCCAUGGUGAGGAGAAAACCCUUCACAACAGCCAACCAAGCAAACAACCCUCUCCAGGAGGUAUGAGUAUCAAUAUCCUCAUAAAGAGAAGGCUAUAUAAUUGUAAAUACAGAGGGUUCACCUUCAAGGUGCAAGCCACUCAUAAGCCUCAAGAAUAGAAAGGCUAAA